AACGGUGGAUGGGGACAGUGCGUUGGACAGCGGCAGAUAAACAAACCUCUUAGUGCAUGACUCUGUGGACCUUUAAACACUUAAUUUUGAGAGACAGAGUUUGCUCAUGAACUUUUUCUGUCGAUAUAAGAGGUGUGGUUAAAAGAAGAUGUCUCCAUUGGCGAAAGUCAAUUAUAACAGUAGUGUCCGCUAAGAGUCUCAUCUUUCCACUGGUCCAGUGUUCAAAAAAAUAAAAUAAAAUGCAUGCUGCAUGUUUGCUAACCAUCCAGCCAUUACUCACCUGCUCCUCCUUCCUGUUUCGAUGCAUGCCCUCCUGUAUAGACAUAAAAAAAUAAUAAUAAAAACUACUCGUACCCUACUUGCAUGUUGUGCUGUGAAUGAGGCAGCAUGAGAGAAGACAGGGAUAACCCUCUGGCCCUGUCGUCCAAGAGGUCAUGCCAGAACCAUACGGACUACAGACAAGAGCUGGAGAGGCUGCAGGCCGACUUGGAGGCAGAGAAGAUCCAAGCACUGUGGGCCUGCGGGCAGCUCGGCGUGGAGCUUCGGAGCCUGCGAAGAGAGGCAGAGCGGGAACAUAAGAGGACCGUGAGGGAGCUGGCAGCCAGGCGUUUUUGCCUAAAAGACCGAAACCAAAGCAGACAUCUUCUGGCUAAAGAGGGACAAAUAAAAAGCAAGGUGCAGUCCUCGGGGGAAGACGGCUUUCGUCUCGGCGGUGAACAAUCAAAGCUGGAGCAGUUGCUGCUCACGCUGUAUGAAAAGAUAAAUGGGAAACGGGCAGGUUAUAAAUUUCACCACAGGCGAGAGUUCGAGCUAGAGAAAGCCAUCUUCCUCUGCCACCUUCUGGAGGCCCAUGGGGGGCUGUUGCAGGGGACUCCAAGGUCAAGACUCCCCAGCUAUGUAGCCAAACAAUCCUCAAAGAAGCUGGUCUGUGAUAACAGCUGUAAUCCCCGUCAGUCAACACCACUCCUGAGCAGCUCCAGAGCACAGCUGGAAACAACAUCCCUCAGAGAUUUGCCCAGGCACGACAAAAAGCGCAAACCUGAUCAGAAGAAGCCGUUCUCAAGCGGCGCGUUGCAGACUGCGGGGCCAUGGACCUCCACCGAGGUCAGGGGUGGAGGUCAGAUAAACUCUCUGGAAAUGCAUCACACCAACAACACCAUCCGCGCAGUUCAGGAUAAGCAUCCAUCCCUGUGGGCGGAGUCUUCUUCAUCAGACGAGUCGACAUCGACCAAAUGCUCAAGAAGGAACAUGGAGAAUGGGACAGACUACGGUUUGCUGGUGCGUCAGAACUCAGAGCUCCUGCGAGCCCUCGACGAGCUGGAGAAGACGUGCAACACACUGAGGGAGGAGAACGGCCUGCUGCGAAAGAGCAGCGCCCCAGAGACUGAGGAGAAGGUCAGGCGGUUGAGGAGGAAGAACACCGAGCUGACUGUUCUCGCUAAGAGACUGGAGGAGAGGGCUCGAAAACUACAGGAGGCCAACCUCAAAGUGGUGAAUCCUCCUUCGCUCAUCAGACCUGCUGCCGUGGAGCAGUACAAAAGAGCUUUUGCCCGCCAAAGAGCUCGUGACCUGGCCCUGCAUGCUGAUGCACUGCUCUCUAAAGACAAAGAGAUUGCUGCUCUGCAGCAGGAGUGCAGACAGCUUGAGGCACGACUCGGACCAGCUAAGGAUUCCCCCGUUCAGUCGUCUCGGGUGGAAUAUGAGAAACUCCUCAGAGAGUCUCAGAAGGAGGUGCUGCGGCUUCAGAGGCAGCUGUCCGUCACUUCGUCCAAGCAAAGGCCCGGCCUCAGGCCCGACGGCGACGGCACGGAAAAGUGUGAGGAAAACGCCAAAGAAGCAGGGCAGGAAAAGGUUUUAGGAGAGCCCCCGUGUGUGGCCUUAGAUGAAGCUCCAUCCAGGUGUGAGAAGACUCCGGCAGAGGCGGGGGAGUCGUGGCUGCAAGUGACGCCCCCACCGGGCCUUAGCCCGACCUCCACCCAGCAGGAGGAACCCACAGAGGAGCAGCGACUACAGUUUCUGGAACGGGAGCUGAGCAGGAAGAGAAAAGAAUGUGAAAAUCUCGAGCAUGAAGUAAAGAAGCGACAGAAGAGAUGUCUGGAUUUAGAGAGCCAGCUUGAGGAUGAGCGAGGCAAAAAUGAGCAACUAAAGGAGGAGGCAGAACUCCUCAGGAGGAAGGCGCAGCUGCUCGACCAGGCUCAGGCUGAGAAUGAGGAGCUGAGGGAAGAUCUCUCUGAAGUGACCGCUCAACACAAUUCAGUUCUCGAAGAGAACCAGAGACUCCGUGCCAAACUGGAGAACCUAGAGCAGGUCCUAAAGCACAUGCGAGAGGUCGCCGAGCGAAGGCAGCAGCUGGAAUUGGAGCAUGAGCAGGCACUGGCUAUCCUUAAGUUCAAACAGGAUGAGAUCAAAAGGUUACAGCGGGCUCAGUUAUUUGCCAAGAGGGAACAUGAAGGAGUGGUUCAGAUGCUGGAGGACUUGACUCAGCUCGUGUUCCAGAGGGAGCUGUCGAAGGUACGAGAGCUGGAGGAGAAAUGUCGCAGUCAGAGUGAGCAGUUCGGCCUGCUGUCCCAGGAGCUGGAGAAGUUCCGGCUGCAGGCCUCCAAAGUGGACCUGGCCAGUUCCACCCUCCUCAACAACCCCAGCCUCUCAGUUCUGACCAACGGGGUGGGCCUGACUACCGAACGAGACUGUACUGGUGGCACACUGGACAUGGUGUCUCUGGGCGAAAUAGCCUUCUGGAGUCUGGAGGGAGGUGACCCUCUCUCCUGCCCGGAUGGUAACGACCCACUCGAUGUGGCCGCCGCUUUGCGCAUGGGGUCCACGCCGCACGCAGCAGGAUUCUCCAGGGUGGAGCGCUCGCCCGUCACCAAGCACCGAGAACUGCCCACCAUCAGCGUCAGCAAGUCAGGGUCUUCCUCCAAGUCGGAAACCACGCACCUCACCCCCAAAUCCGACACCCACCUCAGUCCGCACAAAUCGAGCCCGACGCACGAGGUGGACACAGCCAGUGAAGUUGAGGAGUUGGACAUCGAUGUGGCCCCGACGCCGUACACAGCCAGCAGGGGAGCAGCAAAGCUUCAGGUUUUUAUUGCCAGAUACAGUUAUAAUCCUUACGAUGGGCCGAACGACAACCCUGAGGUGGAGCUGCCUUUGACCGCUGGGGAAUACAUCUACGUUUACGGCGACAUGGAUGAUGAUGGCUUCUAUGAAGGUGAGCUGAUGGACGGACGGAGAGGGCUGGUCCCCUCCAACUUCGUGGAACGCGUGUCAGACGACGAUGUGAUGAGCGCGCAGCACCCAGAGACCGGCGAUGUGUCGCACAACUCCCUGCUCGACAGCAGCCUGCACAGUGCCAGCCACCAGCACCACCUCCACCUGGGCGCCUGCGCCUCAGAAAGGACGGAGGCGUCGGCCGCCUCCGGCCCCGCCUCCGUCCUCUCGGAAGCGGUGUCGGCCUCGUCCGUCCCGGCCCCCCUCACCAACGGCCUGGACCUGGACUUGGAGGAGGUGGGAGUGGACGUCGUGCCUUACCCGCGGAAACUUACCCUCAUCAAGCAGCUUGCCAAGAGCAUCAUCAUCGGCUGGGACCCCCCGUUGGUGCCGGCCGGCUGGGGCAACGUGUGGAGCUACAACGUGUACGUGGACCAGGAGCUGCGGCUGAACGUACCCUUCGGCGCUCAGACCAAAGCGGUGCUGGAACGGCUCGACGUCAACCUCAAAGCCUACCGGGUGUCGGUCCAGAGCCUGACGGAGAAGGGCAUGUCGGACCAGCUCCGCUGCAGCAUGCUGGUCGGCCGGGACGUCUGCGUGGCGCCCACGCAGCUGCACGUGGACAGAGUUACCGCCACGUCCGCCAACCUGACCUGGCUGCCCAGCAACAGUAACUAUGUGCACGUUGUGUCCUUGAACGAUGAGGAGUGUGAGCUGGUGAAGGCUGGCUGCUACUCGCUGUGCCUCAAUAACCUCUCGCCCAGCCUGCAGUACACGGUCAAAGUGGAGGCGCGGCCGCACCGAACACCGUGGGAGCUUCCCGCCGAGCGGCGGGAACACAGGAGCGCCACCGUCAGCUUCAGCACGCUGAUGGCAGUUCCAUGCCCGCACUCUGGGAAUUCAGGUCCCCCCGACGCUCCGCUGGACGUGCAGCUGGAGCCCGGCCCCUCUCCCGGCAUCGCUCUCAUCAGCUGGCUGCCCGUCACCAUAGACGCUGCUGGGACCUCCAACGGAGUCCGGGUCACUGGAUACACCAUCUAUGCGGACAAGAAGAAGGUCUUGGAAGUGGCGUCGCCGACAGCUGGCAGCGCUCUGCUGGGCCCGUCUCAGAUCCAGGUCCUCCAGGCGGCGCAGGAGCUCACCGUUCGCACCAUGUCUGCCCACGGGGAAUCCUGCGACUCUUUCCCAGUAAACGUGCCCUCCAAGCUGGCCGCCGUCAUGGCAGGCCCAACUCCGACCUCCCCAGUUGUGCCACACCUCCCCUGCACCGCAGUAGCCCCCAGUAACUUAUCCCCACUUCCGUCUUAUGGAAGCUCUGCUGCCAAAGUCUCUGCGCUGCCCAGCACUCUGCCAUCAGGCACACAGAGGCCCAGCUCUGCGGUGGAGGCCGCUGCCAACCUGCCUCAUGCUCUCCACUCACAAGAUCGUCUACUAUCUGCCUCCUAUGUGAAAGCCUGGGCCGACCCGACCUCUGCUGCUGCCUUGACUGUGUGUGAGGCCGCCUCACCCAUGGCCUCCGCCGCUCCUCCAGUGGUUAAUGUGGCCUCCCCCAUCAACGCAGCACCUCAGCCGUCGCCAGCAGCAGCAGCUACGCCACCUCCGCCUGCUCAAGUGGAGAUUAUGGUGGCGGCGUUGGAUCUGCGCAGAGACACCGACAGCCCCGGGACGAUACGUCCUUUCCCAUCCAUCACAGAGUUCAUCGAGGACCCCUGUGCCAAGCUUGGGUCCCCAGAGCGCGUCGCAAGUCCACCAAAGGCCCCGAUCGUUGACCUCUUGAACCCGCAGAGCACUAACGUCCUGCGACCACCCUGCACUUCGCCGCUCGAGUCGGAGGUGGAGGAGGAGCCGGAGAACACUCGGCUGGUGUCCAUUGAGGAGUUCUUGAGGCAAGACCAGGAGCCGGCUUACUCUAGUAGGCAGCAGAGUUACAGCAGAGGCCUGAUGGAGCCUCACAGCGACUACCAUGCGGACAACAGCCGUUCGGAUCUGUCGGAUAUCCUGGAGGAGGAGGAGGAAGAGCUUUACUCAGACCACCUGGGAGAAGCACAGCCCAGGGGGUACGCAGUGGGAGCCAACAGGUCACGCAAACUGGAGACGCCGGACAGCGACGAGGACGUUCUGGAACGGAUCCUUAAGCUGCCUCCUCAGGUCCCACAGUGCAAGCAGCUGUUCAGCAUCGCCGAGGUGACGGAUGAGGACAGCAGUCAGGAAGAGCCUUUACUCCACCGCAGCAAGCCUCGGCCAGGGUCCAUCUUUCCUAGAGACUCUGAGCAUCUCCAUUACCCGCAUCCCCCCGACCCACACAUCCCGCACCACCACCACCACUUCAACAGGGAUCCCAGAUCCCUUGCCAAAGAGCCUUCUGUCCGACAAGAACCCUCGCAGGUCAAGCCAAAGACACAGCAAAGGGUGCGCUACGCCGACACGGUCGACACUGUAAAUUAUCCCGAGGACGAAAGCUUGUAUCCGAGUCCCGCUAGCAGGCGAGUCUCAGCCCGCUGUCCGCCCAAACUCACCCCCACUAUCAAAGAGAGAGCGCUGCUCAAAGGGCUAGGGGACCGCCUUAGAAGGGAGGCCAUGCUCCGGAGUCAGAUGGCUGCCGCCACCGCCGCCGUGGAGAGCCCCGACCAUGGCCUUACCCCGCCAAGACCCUACCCAGUCAGCAAGACGGUGCGGACUGUGAGGUCGCCGGUCGGCCGCAGGACGGAGAUUGACGUGGAGUACGGCACGGACAACGAAGAGCCCGCUGAGUACAGGCGCGGGGAGGUGGUGCUGGAGCAGAUGAGCUCCGAGUGGUGGGUCGAGGGGCCUCCGGCGGAGCACGGCAAGCCGCCUCACCGCAGAGGGCUGAAGGCCGAAGCAGCGGAGCCCGGUCAGAUCCCUCCAGCUGUGGCGGGCCCAUCCAGAGGUGUCCAGGCAGAGCUGUCUUCUAGACCAAUGAGCUCGCACGCCAGGCAGCACAAAGGUGAACCUCCAAAGAUAAAAGGAGACUGCGGCGUGCGCAUCUUUGUGGCGCUUUUUCCAUAUGAUCCCGUCACCAUGUCUCCCAAUCCUGAUGCCGCAGAGGAGGAGCUGCCCUUUAGCGAAGGACAGAUCAUCAAAGUUUACGGAGAGAAAGACGCGGACGGGUUUUACCGGGGGGAGUCAGGUGGCCGUCUGGGCUACGUCCCGUGUAACAUGGUGUCUGAGAUCCAGGUGGAGGACGAGGAGACCCAGCAGCAGCUGCUGCAGCAGGGCUUCCUGUCCACGGCUGCCUCCAUGGAGAAGAUCGGCACUCGCACAUAUGCACAGCUUCCGCGUCGCCCUGUUCCACCGCCGAAACCGAGACGAUCCAAGAAAGUGGAGUCUGCGACGCUCUGGGAGGAGAGCAUAGACUCCUCCAGUCAAGAUCCCAGCCACAGCGCUGCUCCGGCAGCUGCAGCAGGGAAACCAGCCUCCGGGGCUCGAAGGAUGGUCGCCAUCUUUGACUACGAUCCGCGAGAGAGCUCCCCCAACACCGACAUAGAGGCUGAGCUGACUUUCAGCGCAGGAGACAUCAUACACGUGUUUGGUGACAUGGACGAAGACGGGUUCUUCUACGGAGAGCUGAAUGGACACAGAGGCUUGGUGCCCUCCAACUUCCUGCAAGCCUUCCCAGAAGAACCUCCUCCUCUAGAACCGAUCAGUGCCCAACCGGCACCAGAACCCAGGAAAGAAUUACAGGACACUUGCGCCUCCUCUUCAGAGCCGCGAGAUUCGGUCCCCUCCGCGCCAGAAGAAGCUUUGCGUCCCCCAGCCUUCGAACCUUCGAUCCCGAACAGGAAGGAGUCGUCAGACCUGCAGCCGCAGCUGGAAGCCGCCGCGAGUCCGACCCCCGACGCAACCCCUGCUCCCGAUCCUGCUGCGGCGGAGGUCCGCUCUUCUCCUCCGGACACCCCGGCUCCCUCGGCGUCGGCCGUGCAGGCCAAGAAAAAGAAAGGCUUUUUCUCCAAAGGCAAGAAACUGUUCAAGAAGCUGGGAUCCAGCAAGAGAGAAUGAGACUCGGAACACUGGUAUCACGCUUAAAGCACUUUUCUCCGCCUGUACUGUUACGUCUCAUGUGGUAAUCAAUGCUGUUCGCAACUAACUGAUGCGUUAACCGUCAGUAAUUAAACUUUUGCCUUAGACCAGCGAGAAAACAUUGCAGCAUGUACCCGUGCAUGUCGAGCUGAGCAAACUUCGCAGAUAUUUAUUCUAAAUUCUUGCGCUUCAUAGACUUGUCGCAGUUAAACGACGCAGCAAUAACGUACCAACACGCAAGACUGAUUUAGACCUAUUUAAUGCGGAGAAGUGUCGAUUAGAGGACCAGACGUCACCCAGACAGCCGGGUCGACGUUAGCUUUAGCGCUCGUCUGCUGGUGCCACCUUAUUUAUCUGAAGCCGACAGAAAGAAGCAGCAAGUUUGCUCUUUUUUUUUUUUUUCUGUUGCGGCUGUUUUAAAAAUGCACUAUCCAUCCUAAUGGGUGGAGUUAUAUUAUCUCUGUUCUCCCUCUAUGUUACUUUGUACAAAAUCGUAUUUAUUUGUAGUUGUUAGCACUGCGCGUGAAGCUAACCGGUGAGCUCAGAGCUGUCAUAGGCAGCAGGGCUCUUGAAUGAAUGUGAAAGCAUGUCACCGUUUCAUUCGUUUCCCUAGAAUCGACGUGUUAGUAGCCGACAUGGGGAUUAUUGGGUCAAUGUGGCCAAGCCCACAGGAUUAAAUAGUUAUUUAGUUUCAGUUGGAGUUAGGUUCAUCAUCAUCCUCUAGAUUCUGUCUAUGUGAGCGUAGGUGCAGAUGUAGGCGUAUAUUCAGGCCCUGCAGGUAUAAAAAGUCUUAAAAUAGCUUUUAUUCCAGUGGCACAUUCUCUCAUGCACACAAGAAAAUAUGGAAAUCCAAGUUUUAAUUUGAGUACUUUACCUCUGUGUCGCCCGUAUGUUCUCACCCGAUUUUUAAAUAAAAUCUCAAAAUGCUUAUGAUGCCCGGGCUUCUGGUAGCUCAUCAGACUCUGCAUGCGUUUGUGACGGUGGGACAGUCACACACAAAAAAACAACCAGUUGGUAUUUACUCAAUUUAAAACUUUUCAUUGUGAGGCCACUGCAAUAAAAUAUACUUUUUUAUUUUUAUUUUUUAGAGAGAGAGAAAGACAGAGAGAGAGGGGGACAUUUGCUUGUGUGUCUAUGAAUGAAAUCCACAGCAGAAAUGCCUUUCUCUCUCUCACACACACACAAAAUCCUGAUGACCUGAAUGUUUAGGGUGUGUUAGAGAGAAAUAGGCAGAUCUGCAGCAUCCAGACAUCAUGCAUCUGUUGAUUAUUACUACAAACUAGCAUUCAGUUAGCACUAAAAUCUCCAGUGCUCUUUAAAUGAGCUGAGAGAAGAUAAUAGAAAAACUUCUAGAGAAAGACAAACCGAGUUCUCUCUACUGUCAGUGUAACAGCUGCGGAGGAAACCAGAGCUACUACUGACGCUUCCUACCUUCGAUCCUCCAAUGCACACCGACUCGUCUGUCAUCCUAUUUGCUUAGCAUCUCACUUUUACACAUUACCCACACUGUCGUUAGUUUGUUACAGCUUAACUCUCCUCCACAGGACAGAAUAUCAUUUGGAGGGACAGCGAGCCGUCUGUCAGACGUUAGCGGUUCAUUCUGAUUUGAAUGUAGCAUGCUUUAUUUUAUUUAUUUAUUUUUUUCUUAAAUGUUAGCUAGCAGGAGCAUCACUUCCUGGAUCUGCACUGAAGCAGAGCGUUUGCACUGAAGGCUUGUGGUGUUGCUGUACUGUGAUAGACUCCGCAAUAAGUUUCUACCGUCGCCUCCAGCUUGCAGUGUUUCAACGUAAAUGUCGAUGAUUAGCAUAUGCAGUGUGGUUAGCAAUACUGACUAGCUUGACUUUAGCAAUACAUAAUGCCGUGUUAGAGCGUUAGAACCGUGUUGUGUUGUUUAUGUAGGGCUCAUUGCAGCUUUAUUAAAGCUAAAGCUGUCAUCGAAGUGUUUAUUUUGAGUGCAGAUGUGCAGAGCAGGCCCCCAUUUUUAAUUUUUUUUUACUGUUCCCCACCUGCGACGCUCACUCUGAUUUUCUCCCCUCCGUCUCUGCUGCGCUGGGCUGCCAGGCGGCUCCUCAGGUUUUUCAUCGCUGGGUUCCUUUCGGUGCUGAGGCACCUGUUCAUUCUGGCUGUGGUAAAACUGCAGAAUAUGCCAAAACGUUAGGUGCUUCGCUUUUUUUUUUUUUUUUUUUUUU